UAUAAAUUCAAAUCUUCAAACUCUCAUUCAAAACCAUGCCAUCUAAUUUUACUUUUGAAUCUAGAGAUAAGAAGAAAUUCAAAAUUUAAAAAUUGAGGUGAUUGGAUAAGGUUUAAAUUGCUGAAUAUAAACACUAAAAGCAUUGAUAUCUCUAUAAACAACUCUUCAAAAUCUCAUUCAUCUAUUAAAAUCUCAUUCAACAAUCAACAUGCGUCGCAUUUCAAAACCACAUGAGACAGACGAACAUGUUCGUCGACUGAUUUUCUGUGGGACACAGCUGUCAAUCUACAUUCGUUUUUAUAUUUUCAUCGCGCACAGGGUAUUCCAUCUGGAAUUGGGGGCGAAUGAAUUAACUUUGUAUGCUAAAUUUAUAAGGUCUAAUCCCAUAUUAUUUAUUACAUUCAUUUGCUUGGUACUUCUAGUCAUCCCUGCGCUGUUAUCAAACUACUUUUGGGAGACUGGUCCGAUCCGAAAAAACAUUGUCGUCGGAAAUUUACAAAAAUGCAAAAUGCUCGGAUUGAGUUUAUUUGUAGUCGUGAUAGGCCGACUACUUACGGAGGAAAUAAGUGAUUCUUACUGUAUAAUUAUUCUUACGAUAGAAUUCCAGGGAUAUAAAAAUCUUUUGUUAUCUUCAAAAGACUACGGUCUUUGGGACAUAAUCGUCGUGGUUAGUUUGCAGAUUCUGGUUAUCAAUCUGAUGAAAGGUGGAAGUUGGUUGAUAUGUUAUAUAGUUUCUGUGUUUUUGGUUUUAGUGUGCGACUGCCUGGGCGGGUAUCUAUCUCUUUUGCCUUCAUGUUUCCCAAGGAAUGCAGCCGACAUUAUGCAAGUAUUUUUUUUUAUUUUUAUAUUUUUUGUAAGUUCUUAUGAAGUGGUAAGUUUCUUGUAUUUUUGAAUCUAUAUAUAUUAGCUAGACUCAAUUGGCUAUGUUCGAUUCCAAUUGUAAAUGAAAUUAGUCACUUUCCUUUA